AUGCACCACAACAAACGCCGUUUUUCACCAUGGUCCGGUCUCUCGUCUCCGCGAGUGGCAGCAGAUGCAGGCAAUAGCAAUACUCCUCGUGAAUUGAAGAAUACGUCCAAGAUUGACGAUCCAGAAGUCAAGUUUACGUUUAGUCAUGAAAGCAGUGAAGGAGCUACAUCGACAUCGCAUCUCUUUCGACGAGUCCAAAACAACAAUCGACGGCGUUAUCGCGCCAUUCUCUCCUUGAUCUCUACCAUGACACUCAUUGCCACGGCCAUUGCCAUUAUCUCUGUGACCAUCAAGAAAAUGGCCACCAAUAACAAGAAUAAUCAACACGACAACAACAACAAUGUGGACACGACGAGCGAUGGACUCUGGUUCCACAAACACACCUUGGCGCCAGGAGAAAGUCCUCCGAUUUCCCUCCCAGAGGUAGUGGAUUCUACGAUUGAUCCAGAAACAUUCUCACCGACAGAUUCACGAGGUCCCCUGUUCACACGACCUCCCAUUUACAACACUAUUGACUCACAGACGUCACCGGGCAUGACACCCAAACCCGAAGAUUAUCAAACCAAUCUAGGUCCCACGCCGCUUCCUACUCCCAAGGGUCCUCCGCCACUCUUCAACUUUCCGCCCAUUACCAUCUUUCGAACACCCUUUCCCACUGUCAAACCGUCUACGGCGCCUUCGUUUGUUCCUUCUCAACCCUAUGUUUAUGUGAAUGUACUGGACAAACGACCUACCUUUAAAGAUUUGACUUCAUCGCCCCUUCCUCCCACUGCCAAACCAACCAAUGUGCCUACCGGUGCCACUAGUCCACCCACUGCUGUCCCCACAUCUACACCGACCAUGGCACCCACGACAAUUGCCCCUUCGCCAUCACCCACAGCGGUUCCCUCGCCAUCCCCUACAGACAGACCCACCAAGGGCAUGCCCACUACUGGUGAAUCGAUUCUUCCACCCACCCAAAAACCAACCGAGAAACCCUUUUCGCCAUUUCUCGAAAUUGUCUUUCCCGGAGAUGACGAUGACAUUGGACUCUUUCUCUAUGAGGAGAAACCGUCCACACAGCCCACUUCCGAACCAACGCAAGAGCCCAGUACAGAGGAACCAACAACGGAACCAACACAAACGGAGGAGCCCACGCGACAACCGGUAGCCAGUCAACUCAUGCCCACCUUUCGACCCACGCGCAAUCGACCGCGACGAACUCCUCGUCCUACAGAAGCUCCUACGACAAUGGAACCGACCGAAACACCCACCACGGAAGAACCGACCGAAAUGCCAUCCUUGUCACCAACUACCCUCCGACCCCGUCGCACGCGACGACCCAGUGCGGCACCCAUCACCAUGGUCCCCAUCACCACUCCUCCUGUCACUAGUACAUUGGCACCCAUUUCCUUUGCCACCAACAAACCGACUCCUCGACCGACUAACACAAAUGAACCAACCGCCAAACCCACCGGGACGCCCACGGAUGGUCCCAGCCAGGCUCCAACGACCGAGGAACCGACCCAUUCACCCACAACGGAGGAACCGACUGACACGCCCACCGCUGGUCCGACGACGAGACCUCCCACACCGUAUCCGACUCAGUCGGGAGAACCCACAAAACGUCCUUCCACACCAGAACCAACCAGGCGUCCGACACCCAAUCCAACUAACAUUCCCACGCCAAACCCAACUAACAUUCCCACCCCGUUGCCGACCACGGCAGAACCGACACCAUCCCCUUCCCCCAAACCCAUCACUCCCAAUCCAACGUUCGAGUCCAUUGCCACGGUCAGUGUUGAAAUUCCACCACCGCCCAUGACGACGGCUGGAAUGACGUAUCGGCCUGGAGAUUUGACACAACGACAAGCUGGGCUCAAACUCAGUACUGGCCUUACCGCCCGCAUCAUUGCUCAAGCCGGACAACCCGUGUCCUACGAUACUACUCACACGAACAGUAAUCGACAACGAUCCACGACACCCUUUCAUUUCCGCCCCGAUGCCGGAGCGACUUUUGCCGAUACGCGACCGUUUAAUCAAGGUGGUUGGAUCUAUCUGUCCAAUAGUGAAAUGCGACCGCAAGAUCCUCCCGGUGGAAAUGGUCGUGGCGGUGUCGGGGCCAUUACGUUUGAUUCGCGCGGUAAUGUGUUGAAUUACGAAAUGCGACUCUCCAAUACAACCUGGAACUGUGGAGGUGGACGCACGCCCUGGAAUACCUGGGUGUCAUGCGAAGAAGCACCCAAAGGAGUGAUUUGGCAAGUCGAUCCCAUGGGAUUUCGCGAACCACAACAAUUGACCAUGGGCAGCACUGGCGGACGAUGGGAGAGUUUUACCUACGAUAUUCGGGACCGCAAUGAGCCGCACUUUUUUGUGACGGAGGAUCAUGUGCGUGGUGCUCUGAUUCGGUUCACUCCGAACCGUGACCAAAUCGAUUGGCAAAAGCCGUGGGACAUGUUGCACGCCGAUGGGACCACGGAUUAUUUGGAGUUGACUCCCAAUGCCCAAGGCACCGGUGGAACCUACCAAUGGAUUCCUCAACGAGAACAAGGUCGUAACAAUGCCGCACUGUACUAUCCGAAUUGCGAAGGCAUUGAUCGAAACGGGGAGUACAUCUACUUUGUCUCCAAAAGGUUGAUGCAACUGUUUGAGCUGAAUCUCAGUGACAUGACGUACACCAACAUUACAACUGUUCGCGGAAUGUUUGAUGGCCGCCCGGACCAGAUUGCUCGCAUUUUGACAACCGGCGACGAAGUACAACACGACGAUGACAUUCUGUACUUUACAGAAGAGGGUGGUGUAGAUGCUGGAGUGCAUGGUCGAAGCUCGGAUGGCAGAUUCUUCACCAUUUUGGAGGGGCCAGACUACAAAGACGAGACUUCAGGCCUUGCUUUCAGCCCAGAUGGGAAGCACAUGUACAUUGCCUACCAAGAGAAUGGUAUCCUACUAGAUGUGACUAGAGAGGAUGGGCUGCCGUUCCAUGCAAGAUCCCUGAAUGUGAAGUACCAUGCUACAGCUAGGUGA